UCCUGGCCUAGUCAGGAUAACAUUGCGCCAGGAUGUAUGACUUCCAAACGCAGUCAUGAUUUAUUCAAGCGUCAAUCCUGGCCAAGUCAGGAUGUAUUUCUUCAAACGCAGUCAAGAUUGCAUUGCGCCAGGAUAUGUGACUUCCAAACGCAGUCAAGAUCGCUUUUAAGCGCUUCCCUAACAGCGAGAAACCGGUCGCGAGAAACCGCUAGACGUUCGCCUCAGCUGAGAAUUAUUAAUGUAAAUACAGUGUGUCAUCUAAGAAUUGUCAAUUCAUCAACAGAUUAGAAAGAAAAUUGGUAAUGGAUGAAGAUUUAAAGUCAAUAAUUAAACAUUACCAUAAACUUGGGUUACCACAUAAAGAAAUAGCUGUUUUAUUGAAUGCAAGACAUAAUAAACAAUACAGCACAGAGUAUCUGAAGAGAAAAGUUAUUCCAAAGUUAAACUUGAACAACAGGAGAGGACCUGAGAAACUUACCAGCUUUGAUGAUAUUCUACAAACUAUACAGCAUGAAAUGGAUCUAAAACCAGACAGGAGCAUAUCUGACAUGUCCUUUAGACUAAGAGUUAUAUAUGGGCACAUUGUUAGAAGAAAACUGGUAAGAGAUAUAAUGAAGGCAUUGGACCCCAAAGGAGUUUCGUCAAGGAAAGGCAAUAAACUGAAAAGAAGACAGUACAUCAGUAAAGGUCCAAAUUGGAUUUGGCAUAUAGACCAAUAUGACAAGUUAAGUCCAUUUGGGAUACAAAUCAGUGGCUGCAUAGAUGGUUUUUCACGAUACGUGCUUUGGUGUGAAGCAGGGAUCAGUAACAAAAACCCCAAGAAAAUAGCUUCAUAUUUCAUGAACACAUUAGAGCAUGUAAAUGGAUACCCACAUAUCAUAAGGGGUGAUGCAGGAACAGAGAAUGGAACUGUAGCAGCCAUGCAGAACUUCUUGAGAGAGGAUGAAGAAGAUUCUUUUAGCAAGAAAUCCUUCAUUUAUGGCAAAUCGACACAUAAUCAGAGAAUAGAAAGAUGGUGGGGAAUUCUGAGAGGGAAGUGUACCGAUAGAUGGAUUCAUCACUUUAAGGAAUUGGAAAAGGAUGGUCAUUUCACAAUUGGGGAUAAAUUACAUACGGCCUUAGUUCAGUAUUGUUACAUGGAGAUUAUCAGGACAGAAUUGGAGGAAGUUAAAUUUGCAUGGAAUAACCAUCGCAUCAGGAACCAAAAGUUGGGAGAUACUGUUCCUGGUAUUCCAGAACUCCUUUACCAUGUUCCAGAAAUGUUAGGUAUUCCAGAGUGUCAAAAUUACAUUCAUCCUCUCGAUGUGAAUGAAGAAAAGUUUAAGUUUCUGAAGAGCCAGUGCUGUUUUAGAAAUGAUUUAGAUAAAGACAUUCAGGAACCGCUUGAUGUCAUCUGCAGUCAUUACCGUCCUUCAUCAGUAUUUGAAGCGAAAGCAAUGUAUAUUUCACUGAAAGAGAUAUUGGAGCAAUAUAUAUAUGACUAAAUGAUCUUAUUUUUGACUCAUGGUAUUCUGACAAGUUCAAGGUCACUGACAGAAAACAAUUAUAAAAUCAAUUUAAUAAAUCUUAAGUAGGCCAAUAUUGGAAGUUGAAAGCUUAAAAAAAGAAAUUAUUUAAAUAAUAAAAAUAGUUUACCAUUUAACAAUACAGCUUAGUUUAUUCACUCAGAACCAUGUUGAUGGUACAUGAAGUACCAAUAUAAUAGAAAGGGUCAAGUAAGAGGUGAUGAAAGAAACUAUAUUUUGAAUAGUCUGUGUUGAAAAUGAACUUGAUGAUAGCCUCCAUCUUUGAGAUGAUCUGACAUGAUAUAAGUGAUCACUGUAAUAUUGAGACUUAUCCACUUGAUCCUGAGUUGUUCCCCUUUUAUUGUGUUUUUAAGUCUGGUUGUUGUGCUGAUAUAAAAUUUUUGUUAAAUGUGCAUGAGUGCAGUCGUCAGUCAAGUUGUUAUACAUUUUGCUUGUUUAUUUAUUGAUUGAAAUGAAUAAAUGUAUUAAUUUUAUAAA